AUGGCUUUCCUGGCAGCGACCGUUCCCGGCACUAAUCACGCACAUCGCCAACCACGCACACGGCCAACAACGCACAUCGCCAACCGCGCACAUCGCCAACCACGCACACCACCAACACCGCCAACCGCGCGCACCGCCAACCGCGCACACCGCCAACCACGCACACCACCAACACCGCCAACCACGAACACCACCAACACCGCCAACCGCGCGCACCGCCAACCGCGCACACUGCCAACCACGCACACCGCCAACCGCGCACACUGCCAACCACGCACACCGCCCACCACGCCCACCGCCAACAACGCCAACCGCGCACACCGCCAAUCACGCACACCGCCAACCCCGCAAACCGCCAACACCGCCAACCGCGCACACCGCCAACCACGCAUACUGCCAACACCGCCAACCACGCACACCGCCAACCACUCAUACCGCCACACCGCCAACCACGCACACCGCCAACCACUCACACACCGCCAACACCGCCAACCGCACACCGCCAACCACUCAUAUACCGCCAACACCGCCAACCACGCACACCGCCAACCACUCAUACGCCAACACCGCCAAACACCGCCCAACCACGCACCGCCAACCACGCACACUGCCAACUGCGCACACUGCCACCACCACUCACACCGCCAACACCGCCAACCGCGCACACACCGCGACCCACGCACACCGCCAACCGCGCACACCGCCAACCACGCACUGCCACUGCCACACUGCAACCACGCACACUGCCAACCACUCACACCGCCAACACCGCCAACCGCGCACACCACGAACCACGCACACCGCCUAACCGCGCACACUGCCAACCACGCACACCGCCAACCACGCACACCGCCAACCAUGCACAAAGCCAACCAUGCACAAAGCCAACACCGCCAACCACGCACAUCACCAACCACUCACACCGCCAACCACGCAAACCACCAACCACACACACCGCCAACCACCCACACCGCCAACCACGCACACCGCCCACCACUCACACCGCCAACACCGCCAACCGCGCACACUGCCAACCAUGAACACUGCCAACCACGCACACCGCCAACCAUGCACACCGCCCACCACGCACACCGCCAACCACGCACACCGCACACCGCCAACACCGCCAACCGCGCACACUGCCAACCACGCACACUGCCAACCACGCACACCGCCAACCACGCACACCGCCAACCACGCACACCGCCAACACCGCCAACCGCCCACACCGCCAACCACCCACACCGCCAACCACGCACACCGCCAACCACCCACACCGCCAACCACGCACACCGCCAACCACCAUACCGCCCACACCGCCAACCGCGCACACCGCCAACCGCGCACACCGCCAACCGCGCACACCGCCAACCACGCACACUGCCAACCACGCACAUCGCCAACCACGCACACCGCCAACCACGCACACCGCCAACCACCACGCACACCGCCAACCACUCACCACCGCCAACACCGCCAACCGCGCACACACCGCCAACCACGCACACUGCCAACCACGCACAUCGCCAACCGCGCACACCGCCAACCACGCACACUGCCAACCACGCACAUCGCCAACCACGCACACCGCCAACCACGCACACACCGCCAACCACGCACACCGCCAACCACGCACACCGCCAACCGCGCACACCGCCAACAUCGCCAACCAUGCACACCGCCCACCACGCACACCGCCAUCACCGCCACCGCCAACCAUGCACACCGCCAACCGCGCACACCGCCAACCAUGCACACCGCCAACCACGCACACCGCCAACCGCGCACACGCCAACCAACCAACACACGCCACACCGCCAACCACCACACACCGCCACCAUGCACACACCGCCAACGCACACCGCCAACACCGCCAACCACGCACACCGCCAACCAUGCACACUGCCAACCGCGCACAUCGCCAACCACGCACAUCGCCAACCACGCACACCGCCAACCACGCACAUCGCCAACCACUGA